AUGGCGGCCUCCGAGCGCCGCGCCUUCGCACACAAGAUCAACAGGACGGUGGCCGCGGAAGUUCGGAAGCAGGUGUCCCGGGAACAUAGUGGCUCCCCGCAUGCCAGCAGGCGCAGCAGCACCGCCCUGGGGGUGCCCUUGACGGAGGUUGUCGAGCCCUUGGACUUCGAAGAGAUGGUGAGCCGGCCACUGGCCUCUGAGCCCGGGCCCCUCCGAGACCUGCUGGAGUUCCCUGCGGACGACCUGGAGCUGCUGUUACAGCCCCGGGAGAGUCGGACCACCGAGCCUGGCAUCCCAGAAGAUGGGAAACUGGACCGGCAGGUUCAGGCUGCCGUGGACAUGUACGCCCAGGACUGGGUCAUCGUGCACAGAAGCUACCAGCGGCUGAGCGCGGCCUACAGCCCCAUCACCACCGAGUCGCAGCGGGAGCGGCAGAAGGGCCUGAGCCGGCAGGUCUUCGAGCAGGACAUUUGCGGAGACGAGAAAGGCGGCCCCGAGGACGCGGACGACUCCCGGCGCUGUUCCGGUUCCCUGGAAGACGCCCCUUGUGGCAGCGGGGCCUCCGGCAUCUUCGACCUCAGGAACCUGGAGGCCGACUCCCUGCUGCCCUCGCUGCUGGAGCGGGAGGCCCCGGAGGAGGUGGACCGGCGCAAUGAGGCCCUGCGGCGGCAGCACCGGCCCCCGGCCCUGCUCACCCUCUACCCAGCGCCCGACGAGGACGAGGCCGUGGAGCGCUGCAGCCGCCCAGAGACCCCCCGGGAACACUUUGGACAGAGGCUGCUGGUCAAGUGUCUGUCACUCAAAUUCGAGAUUGAGAUCGAGCCCAUCUUUGGGACCCUGGCGCUGUAUGACGCACGGGAGAAGAAGAAGAUCUCAGAAAACUUCCACUUCGACCUGAACUCGGACUCCAUGAAGGGGCUGCUGCGGGCGCACGGCACGCACCCGGCCAUCUCCACGCUGGCCCGCUCUGCCAUCUUCUCCGUGAGCCACCCGUCACCAGACAUCUUCCUGGUCAUCAAGCUAGAGAAAGUCCUCCAGCAGGGAGACAUCAGCGAGUGCUGCGAGCCCUACAUGGUGAUGAAGGAGGCGGACGCAGCCAAGAACAAGGAGAAGCUGGAGAAGCUGCGCCUGGCGGCCGAGCAGUUCUGCACGCGCCUGGGUCGCUACCGUAUGCCCUUCGCGUGGACGGCCGUGCACCUCGCCAACAUCGUCAACAGCGCGGGCCAGUCCGACCGCGACUCGGACUCGGAGGGCGAGCGCCGCCCGGCCUGGACCGACCGCCGCCGCCGGGCCCCGCAGGAGCGCGCCACGGGCGCAGACGACGCCUGCAGCUUCUCAGGCUUCCGGCCAGCCACGCUCACCGUCACCAACUUCUUCAAGCAGGAGGCUGAGCGGCUCAGCGACGAGGACCUCUUCAAGUUCCUGGCCGACAUGCGACGCCCGUCUUCCCUGCUGAGACGCCUGCGGCCCGUGACAGCCCAGCUCAAGAUCGACAUCUCCCCGGCGCCUGAGAACCCACCGUUCUGCCUGUCCCCGGAGCUGCUGCACGUCAAGCCCUACCCGGACCCCCGGGGCCGGCCCACCAAGGAGAUCCUGGAGUUCCCGGCAAAGGAGGUGUACGCCCCACACACCUGCUACAGGAACCUCCUGUACGUAUACCCGCACAGCCUCAACUUCAGCAGCCGCCAGGGCUCCGUGCGCAACCUCGCCGUGCGGCUGCAGUACAUGGCGGGCGAGGACCCCAGCCAGGCCCUGCCGGUCAUCUUCGGCAAGUCCAGCUGCAGUGAGUUCACGCGGGAGGCCUUCACCGCCGUGGUGUACCACAACAAGUCCCCCGAGUUUUACGAGGAGUUUAAGCUGCGGCUCCCGGCCUGCGUCGCGGAGAACCACCAUCUGCUGUUCACUUUUUACCACGUCAGCUGCCAGCCGCGGCCCGGCAUGGCGCUGGAGACGCCCAUAGGUUUUACCUGGGUACCCCUGCUGCAGCAUGGGCGCCUGCGGACCGGCCCCCUCUGCCUGCCCGUGGCCGUGGACCAGCCCCCGCCCAGCUACUCUGUGCUCACGCCCGAGGUGGCACUCCCGGGCAUGCGCUGGGUGGACGGUCACAAGGGCGUGUUCAGCGUGGAGCUCACAGCCGUGUCCUCCGUACAUCCCCAGGACCCCCACCUGGACAAAUUCUUCACCCUGGUCCACGUCCUGGAGGAAGGGGCCUUCCCGUUCCGGCUCAAGGACGCCGUGCUGAGCGAGGGCACGGUGGAGCAGGAGCUGCGGGCCAGCCUGGCCGCCCUGCGCCUCGCCAGCCCCGAGCCCCUGGUGGCUUUCUCCCACCACGUCCUAGACAAGCUCAUGCGCCUGGUCGUGCAGCCCCCCAUCAUCGGCGGCCAGAUGGUGAACCUGGGCCGUGGGGUCUUCGAAGCCAUGGCCCACGUGGUCAGCCUGGUCCACCGGAGCCUGGAGUCGGCGCAGGACGCCCACGGCCACUGCCCGCUGCUGGCCGCUUACGUCCACUAUGCCUUCCGUCUCCCUGGCACCGAGCCCAGCCUUCCGGGCGGAGCCGUGCAGGCCACCACGCUGGCCCGGGGCUCCGGCCGCCCGGCCAGCCUCUACCUGGCCCGCUCCAAGAGCAUCAGCAACAGUAACCCCGACCUGGCCGGGCCCCCAGGCUCGCUGGACGACGAGGUCUCCCGCAUCCUGGCCAGCAAGGGCGUCGACCGCUCCCACUCCUGGGUGAAUUCCGCCUACGCUCCGGGCGGCAACAAGGCCGUGCUGCGGCGGGCGCCCCCUUACUGCGGGGCUGAGCCCAGACAGCUGCUGCACGAGGAGCUGGCCCUGCAGUGGGUGGUGAGCGGCAGUGCAGUGCGCGAGGCUGUGCUGCACCAUGCCUGGUUCUUCUUCAAGCUCAUGGUGAAGAGCAUGGCCCUGCACCUGCUGCUGGGCCAGCGGCUGGACACUCCUCGAAAGCUGCGCUUCCCAGGCCGCUUCCUGGAUGACAUCAAGUCCCUGGUGGGCUCGGUGGGCCUGGAGAUCAUCACACGGGCACACAAGGACACUGAGCUGGCAGAGCGCCUCAACGCCAGCCUGGCCUUCUUCCUGAGCGACCUCCUGUCCCUGGCCGACCGCGGCUUCGUCUUCCACCUGGUCCGCAGUCACUACAAGCAGGUGGCCGCCCGGCUGCAGUCCGCUGCGAACCCCACAGCGCUGCUGAGCUUGCGCGUGGAUUUCACCCGUAUCCUGUGCAGCCAUGAGCACUACGUGACCCUCAACCUGCCCUGCUGCCCCCUGUCGCCGCCCGCCUCGCCCUCCCCCUCCGUGUCCUCCACCGCCUCCCAGAGCUCCACCUUCUCCAGCCAGGCCCCGGACCCCAAGGUGACCCUCAUGUUCGAGCUGAGCGGGCCGUUCCGGCAGCAGCACUUCCUGGCUGGGCUGCUGCUGACCGAGUUGGCGUUGGCCCUCGAUCCCGAGGCCGAGGCGGCACCGUUACUGCACAAGAAGGCCAUCAGCGCCGUACACAACCUGCUCUGCAGCCACGACACGGACCCCCGCUACACGGACCCCGCCGUGAAGGCCCGCGUGGCCGAGCUGUACCUGCCGCUGCUGUCGCUCGCCCGGGACACCUUACCGCGCCUGCAUGACUUUGCCGAGGGCCCUGCUCAGCGCUCCAGGCUGGCUUCCAUGCUCGACUCGGACACGGACAGUGAGGGGGACUUCGGAGGGGGCAUCAACCCCUCCGUGGCCAUGGCCAUCGCCGGCGGCCCGCUGGCGCCCGGCGCACGCAGCAGCAUCGCCCAGGGGCCACCCACGGCGCCCCGCGCGGGCUGGCCCCUGUCUGCCGAGUCCAGCCGCACCCUGCUGGCCUGUGUGCUGUGGGUGCUGAAGAACGCGGAGCCCGCCCUGCUGCAGCGCUGGAUCGCCGACCUGGCCCUGCCCCAGCUGGGGCGGCUGCUCGACCUGCUGUGUCUCUGCCUGGCCGCCUUCGAGUACAAGGGAAAGAAGGUUUUCGAACGGAUUAACAGCCUGACAUUCAAGAAGUCGCUGGACAUGAAGGCGCGGCUGGAGGAGGCCAUCCUGGGCACCAUUGGGGCGCGCCAGGAGAUGGUGCGACGCAGCCGGGAGAGGAGCCCGUUUGGCAACCAGGACAAUGUCCGCUGGCGCAAGAGCGUCACGCACUGGAGGCAGCCCUCCGACCGCGUGGACAGGAGCAAAGAAGAGGUAGAACACGAGGCCUUGGUGGACGGAAACCUGGCGACCGAGGUGAGCCUGGUGGUGCUGGACACGCUGGAGAUCGUGGUGCAGACGGUCAUGCUGUGCGAGGCUCGGGAGAGCGUGCUGGGAGCCGUGCUCAAGGUAGUCCUGUACAGCCUGGGCAGCGCCCAGAGCGCCCUCUUCCUGCAGCACGGCCUGGCCACCCAGCGGGCCCUGGUCUCCAAGUUCCCGGAGCUGCUGUUUGAGGAAGACACGGAGCUGUGCGCCGACCUCUGCCUGCGGCUGCUGCGCCACUGUGGCAGCCGCGUGUGCACCAUCCGCGCGCACGCCAGCGCCUCGCUGUACCUGCUUAUGCGCCAGAACUUCGAAAUCGGCAACAACUUUGCGCGCGUCAAGAUGCAGGUGACCAUGUCGCUCUCGUCCCUCGUGGGGACGACCCAGAACUUCAGCGAAGAGCACCUGCGACGCUCGCUCAGGACCAUCCUCACCUAUGCCGAGGAGGACGCGGGCCUGCGGGACAGCACCUUCGCCGAGCAGGUCCAGGACCUGAUGUCCAACCUGCACAUGAUCCUGACGGACACGGUGAAGAUGAAGGCGUACCAGGAGGACCCCGACAUGCUCAUGGACCUCAUGUACAGGAUCGCCCGGGGUUACCAGGGCUCCCCCGACCUGCGGCUGACCUGGCUGCAGAACAUGGCGGGCAAGCACGCCCAGCUGGGUAACCACGCGGAGGCGGCCCAGUGCAUGGUGCACGCGGCCGCGCUGGUGGCCGAGUACCUGGCCCUGGUGGAGGACAGCCGCCACCUGCCCGUGGGCUGCGUGUCCUUCCAGAACAUCUCGUCCAACGUCCUGGAGGAGUCGGCCAUCUCCGAUGACAUCCUGUCGCCGGACGAGGAGGGCUUCUGCACGGGGAAGCACUUCACGGAGCUGGGGCUGGUGGCGCUGCUCGAGCAGGCCGCUGCUCACUUCACCACGGGCGGGCUGUACGAGGCCGUAAAUGAGGUCUACAAGAACCUCAUCCCCAUCCUGGAAGCCCACCGGGAUUACAAGAAGCUGGCGGCUGUGCACGGCAAGCUGCAGGACGCGUUCACCAAGAUCAUGUGCCAGAGCUCCGGCUGGGAGCGCGUGUUCGGGACCUACUUCCGCGUGGGCUUCUAUGGAGCGCGCUUCGGGGACCUGGACGGGCAGGAGUUCGUGUACAAAGAACCCUCCAUCACCAAGCUGGCGGAGAUCUCGCACCGGCUGGAGGAAUUCUACACCGAGAGGUUUGGGCCGGACGUGGUGGACAUCAUCAAGGACUCGAACCCCGUGGACAAAUCCAAGCUGGACCCACACAAGGCCUACAUGCAGAUCACCUACGUGGAGCCGCACUUCGACGCGUACGAGCUCAAGGACCGAGUGACCUACUUCGACCGCAACUACGGGCUGCGCACCUUCCUCUUCUGCACGCCCUUCACGCCCGACGGCCGCGCGCACGGCGAGCUGCCGGUGCAGCACAAGCGGAAGACGCUGCUCAGCACCGACCACGCCUUCCCCUACAUCAAGACGCGCAUCCGCGUGUGCCACCGCGAGGAGAUGGUGCUGACCCCCGUGGAGGUGGCCAUCGAAGACAUGCAGAGGAAGACGUGCGAGCUGGCCUUCGCCACGGAGCAGGACCCGCCCGACGCCAAGAUGCUGCAGAUGGUGCUGCAGGGCUCCGUGGGGCCCACGGUGAACCAGGGACCCCUGGAGGUGGCACAGGUGUUUCUAACCGAGAUCCCCGAAGACCCCAAACUUUUCCGACAUCACAACAAACUGCGGCUGUGCUUCAAGGACUUCUGCAAGAAGUGCGAGGACGCCCUGCGGAAAAAUAAAAGCCUAAUAGGGCCGGACCAGAAGGAGUACCACCGCGAGCUGGAGCGGCACUACUGCCGCCUGCGGGAGGCCCUGCAGCCGCUGCUCAGCCAGCGCCCGCCCCAGCUGCUGGCAUCGGCCCCCGGCAGCCUCAGGAACUCCCUAAACAGAGGAAGCUUCCGGAAGGCAGCGCCUUGAGCACACCCCAGGGCCCCCGGCGCGGGGAGCGCCCUGUCCAGGCUGCACUGGCUCCUCCGUCUGCUCCUACUCCAUGUUGCACUGACACUUCCUCCCCCAUGCCCCCUAAUUUUUUUAAUUUAAAAUGUUUUUUAUAAGCAUCUCGUGUGAUCUGGUGGGGUGGGG